UUAGCAAUAUGCAUUUGAAUGGAAGUGAAGGGGUUUAGAAAGGAAAGCAAAGUUUCCGGCGUGUCUAUGAAUGCAGCAGUGGUUCCAGGGAAGACUCAGCUGCAGCCGCUUGGCAUCGGAGCGGCUCGGCGCCGCAAUCCAUCUCUUCAAGUGCGCGACCAAACCCACAAAACUGCUGCCAUUUUUACCCCCCUCCUCACUUUACUUUUAGUGAGCCGUCACCAGACGUGGAGCAGCAUUACACUAGACCAUGUAGGAUUUUACUGCUUCUCGAAGCGUGAACUUUGGUGAAAACUACCCAGCAAGUCACACGUGGUCGAUAUAGCAGCCUGUCCGUGAUAUAUUCGACGUGACAACACUUUUCACCAUGAGUGAACAGAGUAUUUGCCAGGCACGAGCUGCUGUGAUGGUGUACGACGAUGCCAAUAAGAAGUGGGUGCCGGCGGGCGGCUCGACUGGCUUCAGCAGAGUCCACAUCUACCACCACACAGGAAACAACGCCUUCCGUGUAGUGGGGCGUAAGAUCCAAGAUCAUCAGGUGGUGAUUAACUGUGCCAUUCCCAAGGGACUGAAGUACAACCAGGCCACACUAACUUUUCAUCAGUGGCGGGAUGCUCGACAGGUCUACGGCCUGAAUUUUGGCAGCAAGGAAGACGCCAACGUAUUUGCCAGUGCCAUGAUGCAUGCCUUGGAAGUGCUGAACUCUCAGGAGACAGGUCCCACAUUGCCCAGGCAGCCCCCCCAUGUCCAGAAUGGCCCCACACCAGAGGAAAUAGACCUUAGAAGAAGGCAGCUCCAGGAGCUCCAAAGGCAGAAAGAGCUAGAAAAGGAGCGUCAGGAACGCGAAUGUCAAGAAAGGGAGCGUCAGGAACGGGAGCACCUAGAGCGACAGAUGCAAGAGCGGGAACGUCAGGAACAGGAACGUCAAGAACAGGAACGUCAGGAAAAGGAGCUACGAGAAAGGGAGGCAGAGGCUGAGAGGGAGCGACUGGAGUGUGAACGUCAGGAGCAGCAGGAGCACGCCGAGCGUGAACGGGCAGAGAGGGAGAAGGUGGAGCAAGAACAGCAGGAGAAGGAGCAUCAAGAGCUGUUGGACAGAGAGCACCAAGACUGGGAAAGAGGAAGACGUAUUUCCAAUGCUGCAUUCGAAAGCACUCUGUACAGCCCCACUCUUCAGGACUCUAGCAGGACAUCCUCCACGCUGACAUCUCCAACCACACUGACCUAUCCAUCUCCAGGAGUCCUUUUAUCCUCAUCCACAACACCCCCCACACCACCACUGAGGCACUCGGCCUCCCGUUUUUCCACCUCCCUUGGCUCUGCCUUCCACCCAGUCCUUCCCCACUACGCUACUGUCCCAAGGAGACAGCAGGCAUUUGGCCAGGCACCACCUCCUGCUCCUGCUCCUGCUGCUGGUCCAGUCUCCAGCCCCGCCAACACGCCCAAGUCUGCAGUGUGUUUAGCAUACAAUUUCACUCCCUUACCCCCCUCUCCCCCAGUCAUGAUAACCAGUCCACCAGGGAAGGCUGCAGGCCCACGGCCACUCAUCCCAAUUGCGGCCACAUCCCCGCUCACGCAGAAGCCCCCUUCCCCAUCUCCCAAUGGCCCUCCUAUGUUUCCCGCACCAUCCCCAGUCACCAUCUUGCCACAUAGCCACCCUACCGGUAUAGCCUGCCCAACCCCACCACCUCCGCCCACCCCGCCGCCAUUUGCUUCUUCCGCAGCACCCCAUACUUCUUUGUGCGUCUCGUCUCCCCCCUCCUCAUCCCAUGCUCCUGGUUUGCCCUCUCCCUCCACAGCACUCUCCGCUGCUGCUGUUCCUACCACUGAGCACCUCAGCCUCCCUCUAGCCCUGGGCCAAUCAGAGCCAGAGGGGUCAGACACAGCAGCGAGCCAAGACACCCACCAACUGUAUUUGGGGUCCUCCGAUCAGCCCCAGUCCCAGGACAAUGUGCAGCCAUUGGGGUUGACCACACCCACCCCUCCUCCACCUCCACCCCUGCCACCCAGCUCUUCUGUGACAUUUGUGGCCACCCCCCCAGCCACCACGCCGGCUGCUACCCCCACCACGCCGUCAGGACACCCUCCCCCACCGCCGGCUCCACCUUUGCCUCCUACAUUGACUCCGGCUGGGACACCUACUUCCCCACCCGGGCCACCUCCUCCACUUGGGGCCCCGACACCUCCCCCAGCACCUCCCCUUCCCGCUGGCCUAUUCUGUCCUCCAGAAGACCGCCCCAUCUCAGGCCUGGCUGCCGCCCUCACAGGGGCCAAGUUGCGCAAAGUUCCAAGGAGUGAUGACGCUGGAGCCGCUCUGGCAGCAGCCUUGUUGGGGACACCUGGGACUGUGGGGGCCAAAUCAGAGUCCAGAGGCAAUGGCCCUCUCCCUGGAGGAGGCGGCCUAAUGGAGGAAAUGAGCGCUUUAUUAGCUAGAAGAAGAAGAAUUGCUGAAAAGGGCUCUUCACCUGAACCCGACCAGCGAUCUGAGGAGGGGGAGACAACCACCAUCCCGAAAGUGUCAGCUUGUAGCACACCAGACAUGCCCAGGAAGCCAUGGGAAAGAACAAACAACAAUACUAUGAAUGGUAGCAAAUCACCAGUUAUUGGAAGACCAAAAUCUACUCCAACGCCUACAGCACCCGUAAGUGCCAACGGUAUGCCAACAGAAGCUGUUGACUAUGAUAGAUUGAAACAGGACAUUCUGGAUGAGAUGAGGAAGGAGCUGUCAAAGCUAAAAGAAGAGCUCAUUGAUGCAAUCAGAGAGGAACUGGGCAGGUCCAGUACAGCAUAAACAACACAUACUCCCUCUUCUACAAAUCCAAGCCCAUGACCCAACUUUGGUCACUAGACGAGAUAAUACAGCUGCCCAGAGCAAGAUUCUAACUUAGUAGCGGUGAUGACAACCAAGACAACAACCACGAGUACCUGAGAGGGUGCAAUAUAUGGAGUGCAGCAUCUUCGAGGGUGAUGUUUGUGUAACACUCGUAGGUGGGACUCCUCCUCCUCACACUUUCCUCCUCCUUCCUGCUAAAGGACAUCGCAUCCUGGAGGACACCAGUCUGAAAGAGAAGUGCAUGUCUUUAUGCAAAACAACUGUGUUUUUGUCCUUUAAAAAAAAAAUUCAAAGAUACUGUAAAGAUCAUUGGUGCAGAUGUGAAUGAGAAAUUGUUCUGGUGAUUUUUUUUUCUCUAUGAAAAGGCACGUUUUUAUCGAGAAACAGGACUAAAGUUGGGAUGGUAAAUCUCCCCCACGCCUCCUCUCAUAAUGCCAUAGCAGUAGCGUGCGUACGUCUGAGUGAACAAGCGCGAAUAGAUGCGAACGGGGCGGUCCGCUGCUGCUGGAAACUGUAAAGCUCGUCUUCCUCAAAUGGUAUUUUAACCUAAAUGUGUAAAAAAGAGAAGAAAUUAUUCUGUUUUGAGUCAAGAGAUCAAAGGCCAUAUCAAGUAGCUCCAUCACUAUCAUAAUAUAGCAUCUAUUCAUCUUGUUUGUUUGCGUUGAUUGGCAAGGGAUGCUGCAUGUCAGACAGGAGCCAUGGUAGCACAUUAGCAAACAAAAAGUAGUAUUUUGCCAACACCUAUCAUGCUCUUUGAGCAUGGUCACUGUAGACGGACUUGAUGUUCUACUGACUUUUGUGUCCCUCUCUCUCAUUUUUUCUCCCUUUACAAAGCAGAAGGGUGACAAAUCAGCCAAGAAAAUUCAUUCACUCUUACACGUUUAUGAUAAGCAAUAAGUGUAGCAUCUGUUGUAAGCCCCGUUCAAUCAUGUUUCUGUAUGGCCUAUCAGAGCUUUCCGCUAUGGACAGUAAAACAGUUACUGUGUGCAAUGAUGUCACUGAAGAGCAUGAUUUCAUGGAUCAACCCAAUUUGGAACCCCCACUCCUCCCUCCGUAACAUCUAAUCGUAGUGUAUCCUUAGCAUUAUUUGGUUUUAGACUCAUUUAUGUCUGUUGAUUAUUUUUUUUCCCCACAAACUGUAAUAUUAGUGUGCAUAAAUUUGUGUGGAGUGUCUUACAGGAUUUCAAUGUGCCAUUCAGUCUUUUACCUUUGCUUAAUCAUUUAUUUGCCUUAAAGUGACACAAGUCCAGAUACUUUUUUUUUUUUUUUUUUUUUUUUUUUUUUA